AUGCCGUCGCAAUAUCCAUCGAUUCAGAGUUUUUUCCGAAAGGAGGUUAAGGGGGAUGAAGGAAUGUCUGCUUUGAAUGUGGUGGGUAACUCGAGCUUGCAGGGGAGGGGAGGAAGUGCACAGGGUGAUGGGUUUGGUAGGGAUGGUGGUGUAGUAGAGAGGGGUGGGAAAGAUGGGGAAGAUGAAUUUGGAGAUGGAUUUACGGAAGAAGAACUACAUGAGGCAAUGGAUCCUUUGGCUAAAAGUGGGAAUCCGAGUAGAGAGUAUGAGAGACCAAAAGCAGUUACUUUCAUAGGUAGAGUGGUCAGUUUCGCGACAAUUAUUGGUAAAAGUGCCAACAACCAAGAGCUAGGGGAUGGCAUUAUGUUGGUGUUAGAGGAGAAGGUGGUGUUGUUUUCGGUGAGUGAUAAAACUAUUUUUCGCAAACCAAUCUUUAACCCCCUCAAAUUAGGUCAACUGCUCUCAAUUGGACAGCCUUCUUAUCUGAUACUUCGAAAGCCGAUGGUGCAUCAUCAGCUGGGUAUUCUCGUUUGCGCAAAUUUAUUUCCUGGUCGCAAUACGAGUGAUCAUUUGAUGAUUCAUACUCAUUCCGGGUGCUGCGACGUUGUCGUAUUCCUUUUCGGUUACAUUAAGGGCGAACCAUUACCUGGGCUUAUGACAUUGGAAGCUUAUCUAAAUGGAGGAUAUGAUGGAGUUCUAGAUGUGAAAUUACUCGUUUGGUGUAAAGAUGAUACUCUUCGACCAUACUGGCGAACAAAAAUGAAAUGUUGGUCGGAUUUGAUCGAGAGUGUGAAAGAAUGGAUACCAGGAAAAACUAUCCUACUCGUUUCUAUCCAAUGCAUAAGCUUGAUUAUGGAGGCAAAAGAAUAA